AUGGAUACCGGAUUUUCACCAGGGCAAGAGGUUAAAGCGAUCGUCCCCAGAUCCCCUGCCAAGGGUGCUGAUCGUCGUUUCACCGAUUCUCACUCGCGAUUCCACGUGAUGCGUGACAUCAUCAUGACCGCCAGGCGCCGGCAUGCCGAUCAGAACUUGGAAAUCCCGAAACCUGACUUUUCGACGUCGGAGGGUUCUUGGUUCUGGGAUGGGGGAAGCGAAUAA